AUGGCGCCCUUCAAGCUCUACUCAAAGCCCCCUCCGCUGCCCCCAAAAGACCCUAUUUACCAGCUCAGAAACACCCAGAACGCCUCCCGCGCCUCCCUCGUCCCCGACUCCCCGUUGCCAGCGUCGCCCUCCGUCCAGUACGCCAUCCGCCGCGCCAACUCCCCGCUCCUCGAGUCCAUGAGCGUCAUGAACCAGAGCUCCUCCAACGUCUCCAAUAUCAAUGGCUCCACCCCCGAUCUGCUCUCGCCGCAGGACGGUGCGUCGCAGAGCAGGAACACCACACCCGCACCGACGAAAAAGGCGCCGCUGGCCUUUCUCAAGUUCACCAAGAAGAACAGCCCGAAGAGCCCACCGCCGCAGGCCCCGGACACACCCAUCCUCGUCAUCGCACCCGCAGACGAGCCAGACCCGCCCCCGCCGCAGGAAGACGACGGGAUCUCCAUGCCAUGGAACUUCCAGCAUCACAUCCACGUUGACGAAGGAUUCGUCGGCUUACCACCCUCAUGGUCCACCUCGCUUGCAGCAGCCGGGUUCACAGAGGAAGAAAUCGCCGCUAUCCAAGCGCGCCGCGCAGCCGGCGUGCGCUCCCCCGCCAACCUCCAGUAUCUGUACAACGAACGCCCUCAGAGCCCCGCCGCAGCCGCCUUCCCCUCACAUCCACAAGCCUCCUCGUCCUCAUCAUCCACAACGCCCAACGCCACUGUGCCGAUCAUCGCGAACCCAACACCGCGCACAACCUCGCUGCCACGCCUCAUCCCACUCGUCGCAUCCGCAUCUGCGCCGCCGUCGUCCUCGUCUGCGGCGUCAGGGUCAGCUGCAGGCCCGUCGUCAUCGACGGCAAGUACGGCAUCAGCUGCGACGACGACCGUUGCGGGGCUACCAUCAUCCGCAUCCACACCAUCCCUGUCAGCUCCAUCAUCCUCAUCAGCAGCAGGGCCCACACAAGCGAAACGCGUGCCGCCGCCAAAGAGGAAGCCGCCUACGGCUUAUGAAGAUUUGUCGUCGGGAGUCGGAGGAGGGUCAGGGCACAAACCGAAUCAGCUGUCGAGCUCGACGAUAGGGAAUAGCUCGGAUUCGCAUGCUAGCUCAUCAAACUACAACGCCGCCAACCAAACCGCCAACACGACGUUCGGCAACAUGAGCACGUCCGCCGCGUAUGCCGUCAACCCGCCGUCGCCGUACCCUGCCGCAUCCUCAUCUUCGUCGCGACACCCGUACGGCGCUGCUGCACCGGGCACGCCCGCGUACGUCAGCCUGUCGUACUCGAAUCCGGCGUUGAACGCCCAAGUGAGUGGAGGAGACAGGGAGGAGGCACAGCGUAGCAGGAGCGGGAGUGCGGGUGCGAGUGUGCUUACGAGUGUGAAUGGGGUUGGAGGAGGACAUACGAAUGGGUCGAGUAUCAGUACGACGAACACGCACACGACUGCGAGUAGCAAUCCGAUGUCGCUUGCUGGGGGAGGUACGGCGCGUUUUAGGGUGGUCAAUGGGGACAGGGAUACUUCGCGUGGAAGAGGGAGGAGUGGGUCGGCUGCAGGGUCAGUGUCAACGGGAGUGGGAGAGGACAAGGCACCUGCGAAGCCCAGUAUAUGGGGCACGAAGAUAUCCAAGGCGAAAGAGAAGGAAAAGGACACUGCGUCCGCUACAACUUCGGAAACGGGGCACUCGUCCGCGUCUGCUUCGGCUUCUGCGUCUGCUUCGACAUCGUAUUUGGCGUCGAGCUCGCAGCAGAACCUCGCCUCCACGUCCACGUCCACACCUCCAACGCAAACGCCGUCCAAGCUCUCUACGGCAGCAGCCUCCGCAUCGUCCUCGCUCGCCCUUGCCGGCUCGCUCGUAGCGAAGCAAAGCUCGAACCUCGUCGAUGCCGUCAGAGGGAGGAUGAAGAAGGGCCAGACUAGCGGCGGGAGCGGGAGCGGGGCAGGGACAGGGACAGCCGCAGGGAGUCGGGAAGCGAGUCGAGAGCGCGCAGGGCUCAAUUUAGGCGCAGGGCUCAGCGGACUGGCGGCGGGCAUACGCGCGCGGAGUAAGAGCCGAGAACGCGAGCGCGCGGGGGAGGAGGAGCGCAAGGGGAAAGAGGUGGAUUCUGACGAGGAGUUUGUGUCGUUGCCUGCUGUGUCGCCCGAUGCGUAUUCCGGGCCUUCUGGACGUGGAGGAGGAGGGACGGUUACACCUGGAACAAUGGGAUCGGGAGCUGGGGAUGCGCCGCGUACACCUGUGUGGGAGAUAUAUGCGCGUCCGCGUGCGGGGACGGAUGGGAGUACGAAUGCGCCUGGGGGGCCUUCUGGUGCUGGCUCUGGGCUUGGUGCGCGGGGGCAGCACUCGUCGCAGUCGUCACUCCGCCAAGGACGCGGCCAUACGCCUUCGAGCUCGAUAUCGCGCAAGCCCUCACUGAGGAGCGCAGCGUCACAGGGCUCUAUACGGAGUCGACUGGGCCGUUUUGCUGGAUCAUCAUCCAACAACAACAACAACAGCAGCAACAACACAGCCGCGCUGCAGAACCUCGCGAACCGGUCUGUCGGCAGCUUGCAGUCGACGCGCAAUGGGAGCGUGACGAGUCUGGAGAGUAUACCAGAGGGUGUGUCCCCGUCCGCGUCCGCGCGUCCGCCGCUUCCGGACGACGCGCGGGAGGUUGUGCGGAGCGCGAGUAUGAAUCGGGGUGGGAAUAAGAGUGGGAGAGGGGGCAAGGGGGGCGCGGGGCAGGGUCCGACGUAUGCGUGGUCGCCGCCGGGCGCUACCGCUACUACUACGAGUGCCAGUGCGAGCGGAAGUGGGAGUGGUAGUGGAAGCACCAGUGGGCACGCAUAUACCGAGAUGAGCUAUAACCCGUCCUUGUCGUUCUCUGCGUCAGCAUCGUCGUCAGCAUCGCCUUCAAUAACUUCGUCUCCUCAGCCUCAGACGAAACGCACCCCGGCACUCCCACCGCGCCUGUCCCUACACCAUUCGAAGGAUCCCUCGGAGGACCUGAGCGCAUGGUCGGAAGCGCUGCUUAGUGGGAUCUCGUUUGGGGAUGAUGGCAAGGAUGGGUUUGAUCUUGGGAAGGGGCUUGGACUGGGUUUGGGGCUCGGAACGGACUUUGGGAAGGACAAGAAGGAGAAGGAAGAGAAAGAGCGGGAGCGGGAGAGAGACAGGAUGGAUUCGCCGACGACUGUCACAACCGCCACGGCUGCUGCUACAGCGCGGCCUUGGGAGCGUCAAGCCCAGGUACAGCCUUCAUUCUCGUCUUCGUCGGCGGCUGCAUCUUCCUCCUCGUCUUCGUCGCAACAAACUUCCCAAAAGGCGCCCACACCAGCAACAGCACCAGCACCACUACCGCCAUCGCGCAUACAAACACCACCUCAGCCACCCACCACUACCACCACCACCACCACCUCGACGCCACCUCAAUCUCACGCCCCCACACCUCCUCCAGUCACCCGCAAACUGCCCACAUCCAAGCCGCCGCCGUCCAUCCCCAUCCCACCCAUCCGCGCGCGCUCCAAUUCGCGCUCUGGCUCCGGGCCGACUAUGCCGCUGCCCUUGCCUCCUGUCGGUGUAGGCGCAUCGAGCUCGAAUGGGCCGUUACCACUGAUCCCCGAGGUGUCUUCGGCGUCGACGACGAGCUCAGGGCAGAUGAAUGCCAUCCGCUCGCCGCCGCCACCACCGGGACCGGCGACGGCAAACGGACUCCUCAGCCCCCCGCCAUCCGCGUGGCCUGCCACGGCAAUGACGACCAACUCGGCGGGCGAGCCUGUGUUUUCCCCUGGUGCUGGGUCGUCUGCGGGUCCGGAUUCGGCGCAGCUUUGGAAUGAGAUUGAGCAGAUGAUGGAUCCGGGGAUGAUCAGCACAAUUCCGGGGCUGCAUCUUAGUGUUGCGCUUCCGGCUGGUGCGCAGGGUGUGCUGAGGAGUGCAGGGUUGGGCACGGGUACUGGUGCGGGAGGACCGACGCAGAGUUUGAGUGUGAGUGGGAAGGAGUGGGAUAAGGAGGCGAAGGCGAAGAAGGAGGAUGGGGAGGGUGUAGUAGGAGGUGUGAAGACCGUGGGCGAUGUUGUGGGCCGGUCGCCUGUUGCUGCUGAAGGAGAGAGGAGGGCAGAUGAUGAUGAUGACAAGAGCGUGUACGACGACGACGAUGAGGCGGCGGAGGGACAGGAGGUUGUGCUUGGCCCGCGCCGCGUCCAAGGGCAGACGGCAUAUGAGGGCGAUGUAGAGGAGGAUGAAGACGGAGAGGUAUACGGUGGCUAUAUGGAGGAUACGACGCCGGACAUUGAGCUGAGGAUUGCUGAGGACAGGAAUGAGUCGGCCAGGGCGGACAAUGCCAUUGCCGCGGAAGUCGACGCGCGCCUGCUUGACGCGCCGCAUCAUGUCUUUGCGGACCGAGACUCGAACCGCGACUCGAGCAGGAGCAGCUCUUCGACGCUGACGGUCACGGCGCUCGCAGCGGCGACGAUUGUUAGGAACGUCUCGGUCGCGCGGCGCGCGGGCGCGUAUGUGGUCGAUAAUAACAGCACUAGUGACGCGGCGCAGCGUGCGAGGGACAGGCAUAUGGAGGCGCGUAGGCAGGCGGCGCUGCCAGCACUGCCGGGACCACCUGCGUCGCCCAUGGGAUCCCACUUUGGCGCGCGCACGGGAGGCGCAGGGAGCGAGGAGAGCACGGGCUCGUCCUCGAGCAGCUCCCGCGAUCGGUCGUCGCAGGAGAUGCACCCGACGCCCACGACGGACGGAGGAAUUGCCUCGCCGCUGUUGUACUACCUCGACGGCGCGCAUACACCAUCGCCGACGCCGGACAAGGUCUCGUUUGCGCCUGGCCAGCAGCAGGUGCCGUCCAGCCUCCCACCGCCGCCAUCGUCUUCGUGGAACAGGGAUGCAGCACACGCGUACGAUGAUGAGGAUGACGAGGUCGAGUUUGCCGGGUUCCCUGACGAAGAGACGAUGGAAGCCGAGGCGCUGGCAGCGGCUGCUGCCGCCUCUGCCAUCGCACCUUCGCCCGGUGCAGCGUCCCGCCCGACAAUUGUCAUCUCUGAUGAGCCAAUCUCAAGCCACGGUACUACCAUGCCUGUGUCCUCAGCCGGCAUCACGCCCGAGACCGCGACGCCACUCUCUCCCUUCCAACAGUACCGCGGCUGGCUCUCGGACGUCGUCGCGCCACUGGAAGAGUUCAUCGACGAGGCGGUCGACCCGAGGGACCACUACCUCGACCUGACCGAGAUCGCCGAGGGCGAGUCCGGCUCCGUAUUCGCCGCGCUGCUCAACCCUGCCACAGCACAUAAGCUGCGUCUUCCACCGCUCAUCAAGGCACAGGACGCAGAGGCCGUGCGCGCAGGGCAGCCAGUCAUGGUCGCCAUCAAGAGCGUGGCGAUCGUACCCUCCGGCAGCCCGAAGCUCGUGGACCUGCAGCGCGAGCUAUCGCUGAUGCGCGGGCUGGGGCACGAGAACGUUCUGGGCAUGGACGGCGUGUACGUCGACCUCGUCGAGGACUCACUAUGGGUCCGCAUGGAGCUCAUGGAGCGCAGUCUCGCGGACAUCAUCGCGCUCGUGGGCGACGGGCUGCAGCUGCAGGAGCGCACGAUCGCGCGCUUUGCGAGCGACGUGCUCUGCGCGCUCGAGUUUCUGCAGAAGCAUCAUAUCGCCCACCGUGAUGUGCGCUCGGACAAUCUACUGCUCAAUAAAAAUGGCGUGCUCAAGCUUGCCGACUUUUCCAAUGCAGUGCAAGUGGCUCCAGGCAAAUCAAUGCUCUCUGAUCCAGCAGGCGUCGUGUUCUGGCAGGCCCCAGAAGUCCGAAGGCCUCCAUACGACGCACUCAAAGUCGACGUCUGGUCGCUCGGCGCGACCGUGUGGGAGAUGGCGCAGCAGGACCCGCCGUUCGCCGACACCAAGCAGCUCGCGGACCGCUGGCCCCCACUGCGUCAGCCCGAGCUCUAUUCCCCCGCAUUCCACGAAUUCCUGAGGAGGUGCUCCGAGCCUGCAGCCGCGCGCCCGAGCCCGAGCGAACUCUUAAAGAGCUCGUUCAUCGUCCACAAAGCGUGCGGCCGCCACGUCAUUGUCCUCCUCCUUUCACAGUGCAUGGCCAUCGAAAAAUUGCUACAGGAAGGAAAUGCACCCGCUUCAUGA